GGAAACAAAAGUUUAAAGCUUUUCGUCCUAUUCUCUCUAUGACUCAAAUCUUUACAACGCCAAGAAAUGAAAGAGACUUCUUUUCAUUCCUUUUUGCGGUUAUAAAAGGAUCGAGACUUGGAGUUUCAUUUCAGCACAAUUUUCUUUUUGCUUGCUUAUAGCGUAUAGCGAGACCGAUAUAUAUUUUACAGGCUUCAAGUUUGAGUACUCAACGCCGUCGAUCGGCAUCAUUCGAUCGGCAAGUGAUCAAGCUGGGGAGGAAGGCAAAACAUAAUUAAUAUUUGUAACGCGAACUACUAUAUGGGGUAUGAGCCACUACACAAGGCUUUGCAAAGUGGUGAUUGGAAUUCUGCAAAACAAUUCCUUAAUCUCCAACCCAAUUCAAAGAGCGCAAAAAUUACUACUUCGGGCAAGACUGCUCUUCACGUGUCUGUUGAGGCGGGACAUGUCCAUAUAGUGGAAGCGUUGGUGGAGGUAAUGUCGAAAGAUGACUUGGAAGUACAAGACAAUUUCGGUAACACAGCUCUACUGAAGGCAACAUCUACUGGACAGUACAAGAUGGUGGAGUGCAUACUUAGAAAGAACAAAAAGUUGGUCAGCAUGGGAAGAGCUAGCCCCAAUGGGUUCCAAAUGCUUCCAGUUGUUUGGGCUCUUUCAAAUGGAUAUAUAAAAACAGCUCGAUAUCUUUAUUCUCUCACUCCGCUGGAAGACCUAACUCCAGAAAAGGGCAGGAGCGGUUCAACACUUUGUAGCGAAGCUAUAUAUACCAGAGCUUUAGAUAUUGCUUUGGAUCUAAUCCGGCGCUGUCCACGUUUGGCUCUUGCUCCGGACAACUACAGCUUCAGCCCUUUAUACGCAUUGGCUUCUGCGAAGUACGCAUUCCCAAGUGGACAUCGUCUCGUGUUUUGGAAACGAUGGAUCUCCUCUUGUAUCCACAUUCAAUUGGCAAAUGGUACGACUACCAAUGAAGUUCAUUUGAUAAUUCAAAAAGAUGAGGGACGCCAAAGCGAUGCAGUAAAAACUAACAGAUUAUCAGUUCGAGCCCUACUGCGCCAACCAUUUUCAAAACUCAUUAAACUUUUGGAUAUCGAUCAUUUAUAUGAAAUGAAGUUGGUCCAUGAGCAAUCCCGUCAACUUCUACAUCAUAUGUGCAAAGAAAUCUUAAUUUCAGAUGUGGAAGGAAGGCGUAAAGGUUGUGUCUAUCAAGCCAUUUUCCGUUCAAUCAAAGAAGGGGUUUUCGAGUUUGUACACGAUGUAGUGAAAGCGAAUCCAGAUCUUCUGUGGAGCAAUGAUUUCAAUUCAAGAAAUAUAUUCUCGUAUGCUGUCCUAUGCCGCCAACCUAAAAUCUUUAGCCUUAUAUAUGGACUAGAUAUGAAGAACAACUUGGCAUAUGAUAGAGAUAACUCUGGCAACAAUAUAUUACAUAUGGCAGGGAUGCCACCAGUUUCCAUUAUGCUCAAUCACAUACCAGGUGCAGCUUUACAAAUGCAAAGGGAAUUACAAUGGUUUAAGGAGGUCGAGAGUAUUGUCCAUCCAAAGGUCAAGGAAGUUGGAAAUAAUGAUGAUAUGACUCCACGAGAGUUGUUUACAAAAAACCACAAGGACUUAAUGAAAGAGGGUGAGAUAUGGAUGAAGGAUACAGCAACUUCUUGCACAGUGGUAGCUGCUCUGAUUCUUACUAUCAUGUUUGCUGCAGCCUUUACCGUUCCAGGAGGCAACAAUGACACAGGCUUGCCAAUAUUCUUGAAUACAAAAUUGUUUAGGCUCUCAAUAAUAUCUGAUUCUCUAUCACUAUUUUCCUCUGCAUCUUCUGUAUUGAUGUUCUUGGGAAUCCUCACAUCACGUUAUGCAGAAGAAGACUUCUUUAAAUCAUUGCCCAAAAAAAUGAUAAUAGGCCUUUCCACUCUUUUCUUCUCCAUUGCAACCAUGAUGAUAGCCUUUUCUGCAGGUCUUUUACUUAUGUUACGUGAAGAAUCAUGGAUGGUUAUUCCUGUCAUAUCUUUGGCUAGCAUUCCUGUCACCCUCUUUGUAUUGAUGCAAUUCCCCCUUCUUGUAGACAUGUAUAUUUCAACUUAUGGACCCGGCAUCUUCGAUAGGAAAAUGGAACAAUGGUUGUAACUUAUUCAAUACAACCUAAAGAUGUUCAAUUAGCGAUUGAGAAAGCUACCAACUUUUAU